ACAGCGACCGCCAGGAAAUGAGUAAGCUAGAAAGUGAUCGUCGUAGUAACGCCAGCUUCGUAGCCAGAGAAGAAUGAGUGUGGAGGAUGCUGAGAGAAACUGGAAGGAGCUCCGACUGAGCCCUUUGUCCGCCUAAACUUAUCCAGCAUGAAAGCCGCGUGAAAAAGUCCGGCGUAGGAAAGGACGCGGGCAAAGAGAUCCGUGUUAACCGUUUAGGGUCAUACAAGAAGUUUGCAGGACGCUGAAAGUUUUUGCCAUGCCAGCAGGAAUCUUCCGGGUGUGCCUGGUGGUUAUCACGGCUAUCGUCAACCAUCCGCUCCUCUUCCCAAAGGAAAAUGUCACUGUUCUUGAAAACACACAGGAAGUCAUCCAGAAGAUGAAAGAGCGGGAGGAGAACCUGAGGCUGGAGCAGCUUAAACUGGAACAGGAGAUUGCCAUGCAGGAGACCUUAACAAAGCCUUCAGUGAAGGCUGCAGAGACAGAGGAGCAAUACAAUCACAAUCCCCUCUCUUGGAAUUUCUGGACUGCUUUGUCCAUGGUGGUUUUCCUUCUGAUUGAGUUUUGGCGGCAGGACUACAAGGAAGGGACUUGGCAGAAUUAUGCCAAUGAGGAGGAUGAAAUUAGUGUCCUUGGGAAAGCGCUCAAGGGAGUCGUCCUGCCAGACAAUGCCACACUGGCUAACUUCUAUGAAAAAUGCCUCCAGAUUGUGACUGGUGAUAUCGCCAGAAACCGAGAGCUUGUAGAAGGCUUUGCAGAUGACUUGCUGGAAGCCCUGAGAAGUGUGUGUAACCGAGAUGCAGACAUGGAAGUGGAAGAAUCCAUAGGAGUCGGGAGCAUGUAUGAGAACUGGAGAGCUCACAAGCCCUUAGCUUGUGACUUCAUUGUCCCUUUUACUCCUCCGGAGCCAUAUUGUUUCCAGUUAGAAAGCUGGUGUUCGGAAGAAACUGUCUCCCCAGACAAACAGGGUUAUGGGAUGAUAAAGAUCUCGCGGGCGGAUGAGAACUCAACAGGAUGUAUCUGCGACAAGACUAAGCUCGGGGAAGACCUGCUGUGUCUUCUUCACAGCAAAAUGAACCAAGCUAGGCAGAACCAACAUAUGGAGGACCUCCUUUGUUAUAAGGACACUCGAUACCUUGAUUCUGACCAGGUUAUGACGUGGUUCCAGCUUGCGCUUACUAAGGCAUGGAACAAAAUUUCACACAAGUACGAGUUCAACCUCACUUUCAAUCUCCUGGAUGCGCCUGGGGCUCUAAAAAUCAAGUUUCGAUCUGGAAAGACCAUUACUUUCAACCUCACCCCAGUGGUACAAUAUGCUGAUUCUGAUGUAUAUUUCAUCUCCCAUUUCCCAUGCAGUAGCCUGGCAGAGGGCCCCUCUUCCAGCAUUCACUGGCUUCUCACGUUUGCAGUAUAUGAGAAGAGAUACAUCCAGUUUAUUUCCAAAACUCUGCCUGCCAACUCCUGCCACCUCAGCUGCCUCCAGAUUCUGUCCUUCCUUCAUGGAAAGCAGUGCAGUCUAAUGGGAGCAAGCAGCCUUACAAACUACCACUUCAAAACAGUGAUGCUACAUUUACUACAGACACUUCCUUGUGCAGACUGGGCCUCUACACAGCUGCAAGCCAGGCUGCAAGACAUGCUCAAAUUUUUAGAGAAAAGCUUGCAGGAAAAGAGGCUUUACCACUUUUUCGUUGGGAACAGGAACCUGCCAGAGGAACUGGGUAUCCCCAUAGAGUUCCAAAAGGCAGAACCUCUAAACCUUUUCCGCCUCUUUGUAUUGCAACGAGGCGCUUACAGAAAGACUAUGGACACGUUUCACGAGAUGCUAAAGAACACAGCAGCUUUAAUAAAUGAAUAUGCCAUGCAUGUUCCCAAUGGACGAGUGACCUCACUACAUAAAGAACCCCUGUAGCCAAAUCUCUGAGAAUUACAAUAUGAACAGAUCUCCCCCACUGGGAGCAAACUGCUUUAUAUGCUCACAUAACUCCAAAGAUUGGUAGAAUGGAGAUACUUUUCUCAUUUUCUUCCCAAUGAUGUUGGCUGAUAUUUAUGCAGCUUUUAACAUUUAAACUGUUGUGUGUCAAGUUUGUUGUAAAUAGUUUAAGCAAAAGAGGUAUCUAAUUUAUUCCUAUAUCGACAUUACAGACCUUGGGAUUUGGUAGAGUCUCUGUGGUUUGUUUAUGUGAAGAUGGAGAUGGUGGCAGCUCUGCAAAAGGAGUCCUUGUAGGAGAGAAAACAUAGUUUGAAAAUUGGUGGUAGAGGAUCAGCCCUGUACUUCACAAAUGAUCAAACAUCCACUGUGAAGGGAAUUAUUUUACAUUGUCCUAAGCUAUUAAGCAAAUGCAAAAGUAGGUUGCAGAAAUACCAGUUCAGUAGAGCUUCCUGCAACUAUCUAGAUAGCCUCUACAUACUUUCACACCCUGAGCCCCUGGAGAGGAUCUAGAAUUUCUGUCCACCUCUAGUGUAAUAUAUUCAUAUCUGUGAACCAAUGGGAAUACUUACAAAAAGCCAUCCAAUGAUGCAAGCAUCAUGCAGGGUAUUUGAGCAUGCCUUUUCUACAUUUCCAGCUACUAUUGCUUUUAAGACUUGACACGCCAGUAAAAUACCUUUUUCGUAUUUCUCUCCGAACUGGCAAGAAUAGUUUCCAGAACUGUUAGAUUAACCACUAGCCUAAACAGAUCAUUACCUUGGUGCCAAGGAUCUGAGUUUAUUUUUACAUGUUAAGUGUCACAGGCAGACCACAGCAAUAAACUGCUGUUCUCAACAAAACGAAAGAAUGACCAUAUGUUUUAAGAUUUCCUGACAUUCAGGUUGUUCUACAAAUAUGACAUCCUGGAUUGGUGCCCAUAUAUUUGAUGUAAUGUGAGAGAAAGGAAGGACAAAAAUUGAGGUGUGGUUGUUUUUUUUAAAGGAUCCUUUCGGAAGGCAAAGGUGCUACUACCAGCUGUAGUGGCUGGGCUCUGACUCCACAUUUGGAAACAGCAAUGCUUCUGAAUACCAGGGAUCCACAGGAGGGGAGAGGGCUCUUGGCCUUGGGCCUUGUUUGCGGGCUUUCCACAGGCCACACGGAGAACAGGGUGCUAGAUUAGAUGAGCCAUUGGCUCUUCCUUUACUGCUUUCCAGCUUGCAUUUGUAUCUGCUGUGAUUCUGAACAUGUGCCAGGUUUUGUUCUUUUCUGGAAAAGGGCUUUGGAAAUGGCAGUUAUCACUUAGGAAGUAAGACUUUACUACUGCUGCUGCUGCUAUUCUCUAGAGUCUAGUGCCCAGACUGCAUUGCUACGCUGCUGCUUAGAUGGAACACACUGUGUUCUAAUAGCAAUAGUUAAAUGCCAAUGGGGAAAGUUUGUAUUGCAGUGGGGAGGGGGGUUGUUUUUGUUUUAGGAAUGGUCUCCUGAACUGAGAACUUGAUUGCUGGAUAAACAGAAGUAUGAACACCACAUAGGUUCAUAAAGGAGCCAAACGUGUUUAUAGGCAGAAUUUUCAUCUUACAUAAUAAAGCACUGCUCUCCUGUACAUUACCUGCAUGCCCAUGUAGCAGUGUAGGUCCACUCAAAAGACACACAGAGAACAUGGUUCCUGCCACCACAAAUCUCUAUUUAAUCAGUCAUUAGGAGGGAGAAUAUAGGGACCAAAUUGUGCCCCUGCCCCACUCCCAGAAAACAUGCCAUUUGUGCUUUGUUAAUGGAUCAGCAAUGCGCCUUUGCAACCGGGUCUCUGGGUGGAAGGAACCAUAGAUGCAUACAGCCCCAGUAUAUGCAUGUAGGUCUUAUGCACAUUUAUGAUUCUAGCUUGAAAGAGAGCUUUCUGACAUCUGUAUUUUCAUUAAACUCUGUCUUCUGCCAGUUCCUCUCAUGGAGCUACAAUUCCCAAGAGUAUCCUGGGAAGAUCAUUAAACCACUCUGGAAAUGGUAGCUCUAUGAGGGGAACAGGAGCCUCCUAGCAUCUCUCAACUACCUUGACAAACUACAAUUCCCAUGAUUCUUUGGUAUGGCACUGUUUUAAAUGUGUAGUGCAGAUGGGGGCCAAGAUGAUGAUGGUGGUGGUGAUGGGCCAAAAAAGGGCAUUUCAGCAUUCCAAACCUGUUCAGCAGGUAGGCUAGUUACACAUCCUACCAGAAAGAGCUUGCUCGCAGAGUGCUAUUUUUCUAGAAAAAGAGGUGACAGAACUCACCAUGAAUACCUUCCUCGUUCUUAGAAUGGCAAAUGCACCCACCUGAGAGGUGCCAGAAAUGAGUUCUGGCAAGCUCUGGCUGGAAAAAAAAAAGCCCUGCCCACACACUUCUUUUUAAAUC